AUGAGAUUCACAUCAGUCCUCGCACUGGUGGCCUCGGCGAGCGCCGUCGCCAUGCCCGAGCCGCCAAGCUCCAAGGACGCCCGCGGGUGGUGCCCGAUCCGCGGCCAGCCCUGCUGGAAGGUCAAGCGGGCCGCCGAGGCCCUGACCGAGGCGCUGGCCGUCCGCGCCGACGAGGGCCACCCGGCCGUCCGAGCCGUGGGGCCGGCCGCCGACCACGCCCGCCGCGCCGUCGAGUCGCUCGCCGCCGCCGUGGCCGCCGUCACCGACGACCCGGAAGCCUACAUCGCGGCGCUGUACCUCGACGAGGCGUUCCCGCAGGGCGGGGACGAGGACGCCGCGGUUGAGAAGCGCGGGCCCUCCGCCGUCGACGCCGUCGAGGAGCGCGGGUGGUGCCCGAUCCGCGGGCAGCCGUGCUGGAAGAAGACGCGCCGGGGCGAGCAGGAGGCGCGCGGGUGGUGCCCGAUCCGGGGCCAGCCGUGCUGGAAGGCCAAGAGGGCCGCCGGCGCCGUCAUCGACGCCAUCGGGGGCGCCAACUUUGCCAAGCGCGAGGCGCUGCCCGAGGCCGGGUGGUGCCCCAUCCGCGGCCAGCCUUGCUGGAAGCGCGAGGAGAUGGCCGGGCUCGAGGCCCGGUGCUUCGCCGAGGGGGGCGCCUGCGCCAAGGCCCAGCGCGACCUCGACGCCAUCUACAAGGCGGCGCGGAGCGUCAUGGACGAGGUGCAGUAA